AUGGACAGCAACAUGCCCGAGGUCGAUACCGUUCUCAACGAUGUCCUCUGGUGUGGUGCACCACCGUCUCUUGGAUCUCUUGCUCGAGGGGUCGUGUAUGCCGACGUUCUGGACGAUGCGACGAAGAGUCUCAUUCUAGGAACAAGAAGGUUAUGUGCGAAGUCGAAGUGGUGUUGUCUGAGGUUUCAAGUAGCUGUGGCUGAGACUGUUUUGCUUCCAAUUGCUGAGGUUGAUACCUUCGCCAAGGAGGACGCUACGGCUGCGCCACAGCACAGUGAGGCGGUUGAUUAUUGGCCCAAGGUCCCAGAACAGACGGCAGACGUUCUUGUGGCCUUCUCGAAGAGAAUACUGUUGGCCGUGUCAGGCAGCCAAAAGCUGGUGACUCGAACAGUAUCCUGGCCCGAGCGGCCUUGCGAGAAGCCCACAGGACGGCCCAAAGUGGCUUAUCCGUGGGCCGCUGCAAGGGCCAGCGGACAUGGAAUUACGAAGACCCGCACCUGA